AUGAGUUGUACGAUCGAAAAGGUUCUGGCCGAUGCAAAAUCUCUGGUGGAGCGGUUACGGGAACAUGACAGUGCAGCAGAGGCCCUUAUCGAGCAGACGACGGUGCUCAACAAACGGGUGGAGGCAAUGAAACAGUACCAAGAUGAAAUUCAGGAACUGAACGAGGUUGCAAGACACCGACCACGGUCGACGCUGGUGCUAGGAAUACAGCAGGAGAAUCGGCAGAUCAGGGAACUUCAGCAAGAAAACAAAGAGCUUCGCACUUCCUUGGAGGAACACCAGUCAGCACUGGAGCUGAUUAUGAGCAAAUACCGAGAGCAAAUGUUCCGAUUAUUGAUGGCAAGCAAGAAGGAUGACCCCAGUAUUAUUGUCAACCUGAAAGAGCAGCAUUCCAAGGACUUACAGACUCAUGUAGAUAAAAUUACGGAGAUGACGGCGGUGAUGAAAAACGUGCAAUUGAAAUUGAUGAACAAUGUGGUACCCAGGAAUAUGACAGGAUCCUAAAACUUGAGCAAGAGAAUAGAGGCUUACGAGAGAUCCUCCAGAUCACCCGGGAGUCCUUCUUGAACCUCAGAAAAGAUGAAUCUCUAGAGAGCUCCUCCCUUUCUGCCCUGGUCAACAGCACGGACCAUAAUUUACGGAAAAGCUGA